CCACCGGCACAGAGUGCAGCCGUGCUGCAGCGCCCAGGACCCAGCGUGGCACGGCUUACCCCUACUGCUAGCAUCCGGCCCAUCACCAGGCUGCCCGCCUCGCCACCGUGGCACCGACCGCAGCCUUGAGUGCCGCAGCUGCUCCACCUCCAGAGGUGGAAGUGCAGAGUCCAGCAGUAUCAACAGCGCCCACUCUGGUGACAGCAGCCGCGGUGCCCACUGCGGCAACCUCUACAUCGGUGUCCACUGCGGUGUCCUCAGCGGUGUCUGCAUCAGUCGCUGCCGCGGUGACUCCUCACCUGCCGUGCAGCAAGCCGAGGUGCAGCCAGCGACGGUGGUUGUGGCACCUGUUCAGGAAGCGAGCUCAGCAACACCCGAUGUCUCGUUGCCCGGAACAGACUCUGGUGUUGAACUCGUGGUGCCCACCAGUACGGUGUCGGUCACCGUCACGCCGUCGGCACAACCGGCGGAGCCCAGCACUGCGGCUGCACCAGACGAGGGCCCAUCGUCGGCCUCUGGAGCAGCCGGAGCACACAAGCGGCCGCGGGAUGUGGACCAGGAGCCAUCCAGCUCGGACACACAAAGUAGCCUGGGGUCAACCGCACCACGAUCCGAGUCCCCGCUCUCCAAGAAGCUCAAACCCUCCAUGAGCACGGCCGAGGUCAUCUGCACCCAGGAGGCAUCACCAUUGGUCGAACCAAUCGAGGAAGGUGUGUCGAGUUCUCUCGCCGGAACGAGUGCGGAAGAGCCGCAGCAGUCUAGCACGGUGGACGAUGUCAUUGUCGUCGAGAGCGAUGACGAGGUGAUUGAAGAGGAGCCGCCAAAGACUGAACAGUUGGAGGGGGCUGAGUCUGGCAUGGAAGACGAUUACGAGGACGAAGAGAUGAAUGUGACGUGUGGUGCGAGUCGCGGACCCGGAGAAGUGGAUGUGCCGGAAGAGGACAUGGCAGAGCCGGAGUCGCUGGACGACGCUGAGCGGGAAAUGGACGAUGGCAACGAGAUCGAGAUCGUAGACCUCGGUGACGACGCGGGCGAGGACAACGAAAUGGAGGAGCCUCUGGCCGAGGAAGAAGACGUGCAGCCGUGCUCGGCCGUGCCCGUCGAGGCGGAGGAAGAGCUCCAGCCAGCCGUCAACACUUCCUCCGCAACGGAGGUGCCACCGUCUCUGCUGGUAGCGCCCGUGUUGCUGCAGCAGCAACAGCACAGGCCCUCCCUGCUGCCCCGAGUGCGCAAUGAACGUCUCCCGUCGAGUCAAAGUGCCGCAGGCUUUGAAGAAGGCGACGACAGCAUUGUACCCAGCACUCCGACUCUCUUUGUGCCCCGAAGGACCGACGGCUUCGCCGAGGCUGUCGGCUCUCCUCAUGUGCCCCAUGGAGGCUUCGUGUUCGGCACUGCGUCUGAGGGGUCUUCGGCACCCGAGCCAUCGGGUCUGUCGCAACUCGCAUCUCAGGAAGGUGUGGGAGUCGACGACACCCGAAUGGACCUGUCCCACUUUGAGGAAGGGGGUGGCCGCAGCGUGCCAUCAACGCCGCUGCAGAUGUCUCCACCCGAAUCACGAGACGCCUCGCUGUUCCAAGGUGAUGCAAGUGUGGUCGAGGAACCGCCCGAGGAGGCGCCUGAGGAAGCGGCAGCCUCCCAGGAGGAGGAGGAGGAGGUUGGACCGCUUGUCGUACGCAGCCCACCCACUGUGCUGGUCACCGAGGCUCCAGAGUCCACCGAAGGGCCUUCGUCUGCUGUUGCCGUGCCCCCAAUUGUGGAGGAACCUACGGAACCGGAAGAGUCACCGGCAAAGGCGGAACAGGCAGUCGUUUCACCACCGCCCACUAUCGUCGUCUCUCCUGUGCCUAUUCUUGAAGUGACACCAGAGGAAAGAGAGGAGCUGCUUUCAUUGGAAGGCGAAACGACCGAUACUGGAGCUGACGUGGGAUCUGAGGCGCAGGCCUCGGAGGAGCCGGCACCGUCGGGCGGAGAUGGUUCCACGACGACGCCCUCCGGAGGGUCGUCGCAGCAACAACAGCAGUCAGCACAGCAGCAGUCAACGCAGCAAGCACCUCCGCAGCGGCGGCGCAUCGUGUGGGAAGAGCCCGAGCCGGCCUCGAGCUCGGCAGCAGCAACGGUGACACCUCCACAAGGUGCCGCACAAGCUGCGGCAGCGCAGCAGCUGUCGCCGAGCCUCGCCCACUUCUCGUCGCCUCCGCCGGUGCACGCCGUGGCGGUACCAGCCUCCGCGGGCGGUGCCGCCCCAGCCAUCACAUCGCCACAGCAACCGCAGCAGCAGAAGAGCCCAAACGUGGUGCGCGGUCUGCGCGGCCGCCGCGUGCGGCUGCGAGGCCUGGUGCCUCAACGUCGCGGAUCGGGCCCGCAGGCUCGCGGGGCGGGUCCACAGGGAAGGGGCCACCAGAUACGACGUGCAGCGGGUCUCAUGUGGAGCCCUAACUGGAGGGGAGGCGGACCUCGGAGCCGCGGACCGCACCAAUUCUGAGCCGCAGGGGCGGCAUUCGAGGCGGGGCCAAGUAGCUGCAGAACGGGAAUGGAAGGGUAUAGGUGCUGAUUCUUUACAGAAAUAGGGAGAUGUAUCUGUGAAAUGUGUGCACAGCGAUUGCCGACUGUGGGGUGGAGUCAUGACGCUUCCAAGUGGGAAGUUCACGCACUUUUGCAGUGAGCUUAAGUGUAAGCCCAGCGUUGUUUUUCGUCAAUACUUGUAUAGUUUUUCAUGUUCAGAAGUAUUUUCUCUCUCUUGUUGAGGUGCGCUGAUUGGAAAGGGAGUGGCAGGAAGUGUGGUUGGUGUGAAAGCGCCGUUGCGAUGGCAUUAUUUCCCAGAAGUGCUGAAUGAAAGAGCCGGUCUAAUUGACAUUGGAUGCGCAUGCCUGAAGAACAAACGAAAUGAAGGACAACAUUGCAGUUAACACGUUAAUACUACGGUCCGUAUCAUUAGUUCUUCCUAUAAACCUCACCACUCUCCGGCACUGAGUUUAACCUUCAAUUCUUUUUUAUAGACACCUUUUUCGGCAUUUGAUGGUUUAGUGCCUCCGAAUUAUGUGAAAGUAGGGUAGGCUCCUGCAUAAUAUUGCUUUAGGAGUAGCUUGCUUGAACUUAUCUUGAGUAAAAUAUCAAACAGCAACACACAGAAGGACAAUGCGAUGAAAUUCAUGCACUGCUUUGAAUGGCAGCAGUGUUUUUAAUUCACCGUGGCUACAGAACACAUAAACACUCCGAGAUUUCAACUUGGCUGUUGAUUUGUUGUUGUAGCUAUACGUAGUACUGUUAUAAACAACAUUUUAUUUUGUGCACUUACUGCAUCUCGAUGCAAGUUUCUUAGUUUUGUAGACAGGGCAGGCUUUACAAAUCUUGAUGAGCUUGACAUAUAGCUGUCACCAAGCUUUUCUAAACUUUUAUCCAGCCAUGUUUUUUUGCGAUGAUCAGCAAUGACUCGUUUGGCGAGUUUCGUUGGCACGUGCAACCAGUCAUCUCUUGCACCAGUGCAAGUACUGAAACCUCGAUAUAACGAACACGGAUAUAACGAAAUAUCGGUUAUAACGAAGUAAAUGAAAAAUAGUACUGCAUUACAUACAGUGUUAGGAAUGUACGUUUAUAACGAAUUUUUGUAUAUAACGAAGUUAAUUUUGUGUAAGAUGUAACUUUGUUAAAGUAAGGUUUGAGUGUACUGUUUGAGUGUACAUUGGAAUUGUAACUUGAUCCUGAUAGGAAUUGUGGAUGCUAGCUCACUUGACUGGGUGCCUCAAGUUCUGGUAUGUUUAGUAACGAAGAGAUGAUACCAAUCUGUCUGAGCAACCUAUCGCCUACUCCAUACGUCGCAAUUCAUUUUCUGUACUGCAUAGAGGCUCGUCCCCUCAUCUAUUCUGUUCCAAAUUUCCGCACUGCUUUCCGAAAACACUGGAGCACUUCAGGCAUGAAACAUGGUGCUUCGUACCACGUCGAGCUCCCCAUUUUCCCAUCAAGUCACAGCAAUGCCGGAAUCUUCCGAAAGCAGCUAACUCACUUAUUUCAUAAGCUGAGAAAGUACCCAGGUGUAGCAAUCUUAGCAGUGACUGGCACAUCCUGUCUACUGCAGGUGUUAACCACAUUUGUAAGUAGUUUACCUUGUCAACAGAACUGCGCUUCUCAGGGCAAUGACAUCGCAAAAGUUGUGGCCUCUUCGAUGUGUAAAUUUCAUUAUUCAUUACUUAGUAUUCAGUCUGUGCCCGUCUCGAUUGGUUCUGAAAAGUAUAUAUCUGCUGUUGCAGUAGCUUUUACGGAUAGAUAUAAGAGAGCUUGUUUUUAUUUGUUUCUUCAGUCUGUGUUCAUGUUUCGUUGAGUGACUGAAAGAUUUUUACUUUAGAAAGGGCAGGUGUCUUCUUACGUACGAUAAGGGUGUGCCUUUGGAGCUGGCUGCCGCGGAAGUUCUCUGAAACGGUCAGCCAAUGAGAACACAAGUUCUCAAAAUACAUUUUUUUUAUUCUUAUUCUUUUAAAUGUACAGCACAAGAAUUUGAGUUGCCUGUUGACCAGGUUUGUACUGGUUUUCACACGAGCUUGUUUCUUCAUUACAUGUCACAAGCACCAGAGGCAAUUGAUGUAACUUGAAGUAUCGAGAACUGCUGUUUGUAAUGUCGCGAGAUCACUUUAUGUACUUUGUGGUCAAGUGUGAGUUGGUUAGAAACGUAACAGCAUAAUGCUGUCAUCACUUCCAAAACGUUGCAUGCCUGAUUUGUGUGUGCAGAGUGCAAGAAAAAUUGAAAACAUUAAAAAAAAGUUUUUGU